AUGGAAAACUCAGAUUCUAGCGAUCAAGGAAAUGACCAAUCUGCAGCACAGCACAGAAGGCAAGGGGAUCGCUUGGAUCGGGAAGAAGCUUUCUAUGGAUUUGUCAAUAAUCUGAGCGGAGAAGACUAUCGACUUCUGAGAGACAACAAUUUGCUAGGCACCCCAGUUCAAAGUACUGGGGACGAGCUGUUUAGAAUACUACAGCAAAUUAAAGAGGGGCCGCUGCUGCCGCCACCUCCGAGCUCAGAAGAAAAUAGAUACUCUUCAGAUGACGAGUCCAAUGGUAACUCCAUAAUAACUUGCCUUAGCUCUGUCAGACAGACUGGCAAUACAACAAGAAGUGGUCAGAGAGGUAAUCAGUCCAGGAGGGCAGUGAGCCACACUAAUCCAAACAGUGGUGAUUUCAGAUUCAGUUCAGAGACAAAUGUUAACCUUAAUGUUGGAAGCCAAAACUCAGAGAAUGAAAAUGAACCAUCUGCUACAUUUCUUAGUGUAGAAAACAUGGAUCGCAGCAUCCAUGGGCAUAUGGAAAAUUCAGCAUCUGAGACAUCAUCCGCCGGAACACCUAGGUCAGAACACAGUUCUGCUGAAGUAUUAACAGAUGUGCCAUCCACCAGAGGUCGGAGGAGGGCAAGAAGCCUGAAACCACAACACCAGCGAAGAACCACAGCCAGAGCUGAAAGAAGUAGUUCUUCUCUGCCACCAGCAAAUGAAAUUCCACGAAGAUCUCAUCAUAGCAUCUCAUCUCAGACUUUUGAGCUGCCUUUGGUAAACGAGAUCGAGGGAAGUUCUAGAGCCCCUCACCAGAUAACUAGCCCUGAGUUGCUAGGUAGAGGUCGUUUUGUGGCUUCUGGGUCAAGAAAUUCUGCUGCUCAAGGGACAAGCUCUUCAGACACAGAUGCCAAUGGUGAAGCUGGAGGAUCUAGUCAAAGACCUCCAACCAGAGACCUUCAAGUCAGAAGAGUUCUGCUGGCAGAGGACCGGCAGAGAGAUAGCAUAGCUAGCAAAACUUGGUCAAGGUCUCAGAUCCCAAACAACACGGUCACUUAUGAAAGUGAACCUGGAGGUUUUCUAGGCACAUUCUGA